GGUGGCGACCCGUCCACCGGUCAACUGGCGCUCAAUUGUCUCCUAUUGGUCAGCUGUGCGGCCACUGAACGCCAAUUGGACGCCGCGCUCACCGACGCCCUGAUCGCCGAGACUCAGCUCAUUGUACACAUGAUUAGUGACAUACUGUGCGGCGAACCCGACGACCAGUACUUCGGCAUUUUGGUCAAUCUCACCCGAUAUGAGUCCACUGUUCAACAGAUCUACAAACUGUGUCCCAAAGACUUUCUCCACAAACUGUCCACUCUAUUGGAGGCCAAUGAGUUGGUCUCCGCACUCAUCGCGAACCUCAGCCAACUGGAGGACGUGCGACAGGCGUUGGCCGCCGACCACCCGUCCCAAUACGUGCCGCAACUGUUCGCCGCUUACGACCGGUGCCCCACUCGGCCGCAGGUGCGCAACGCCAUCGUCUGUGUGGUGCGGAACUGUUGCUUCGACACCGAUCUUCACCCGAAACUGCUGGACCCGCGCAAUGAGCUGCUCGUGAGGCUAUGCCUACCCGUCGCCGGCGCCGAAGAGUUGUCCGACGAGGACAACGCCAAACUGCCCAUCGAUUUGCAAUAUUUAGGCGCCGAUAAGCGCCGCGAAGAGGACCCAGAGAUACGCAAACUGUUGAUGGAGGCGCUGCUGAUGCUGUGCUCGACCCGAUUCGGCCGUGAGGUGAUCCGCGACCACAAUAUAUACGUCAUUCUUCGCGAGUAUCACAAGUGGGAGAAAGUGAGAGAAGUGCAGAAGGCGUGCGAAGACGUGGUCGACAUUAUCAUCAAAACCGAGGACGAGAUCGACGUCGACGACAUCAAACGGGUCGACAUUCCCGACGAUUUGAUCGAACGGUUCAAUCAAAUGGACAAAGACUUACUCAAAGAGGACACCGAUGAGGAAGAAGACAAGGCU